CUAGCACGCCCUCUAAACCUGUUCUGGUUGCGAUUGCCGCUCGUCCUGUGUGUCCAAAAGUUCCCAGGCCAAUUUCUUGAAAGCCAUUUGCGUUGAAUUGAAAUUAUGAGUCUACAAGCGGCACCUCAUGCAGCCAGCAUACGUUUAUCCCGGCCCAGUGCGCUUGCAGGGGUGAAUCGCUCGCGACGACCAGCACGCGGGCAGACCACCUGCAGGGCGCAGCUGGUAUCAGGCGACUGCUAUGAGGACAUCAUAGACGGCCUGGCCCGCCGCGCCAUCGCCCGCGCGGCCGCUACCUGGCCACCACAACGCGUCGUUGUGGGCGUGGCGGGCGCGCCCGGCAGCGGCAAGUCCACGCUCGCCACCGCCGUCACGCAGCGGAUAAACCAGCUCCAGUCCAGUGAAAGCGACACUGGAGGUAGCAGCAGCAGCAGCAGCAACAGCACUAGCAGUAGCAGCAUUGCUAGCAGCACUAGCAGUAGUGGCAGUGGCAGCGGCGGGCCGUUCGCAGUAGUUCUGCCCAUGGACGGCUUCCACUACUACCGCCGGGAGCUGGACGCCAUGCCCGACCCCAGGGAGGCGCACGCCCGCCGCGGCGCCCCCUGGACCUUUGACGCCGCCAAAUUCGUGGCGGCGGUGCGUCGGGUGCGCGAGGCGGGCGCCGGCAGCGGUGCUGGUGGCGGUGGCGGCGGCGGCGCUGUGCGGGUGCCCUCGUUUGACCACGGCGUGGGCGACCCCGUGGAGGACGACAUUGUGAUCCCGCCCAUGCCCGCAGCGGCAAUUGUGCUGGUGGAAGGCAACUACGUGCUGCUGGAGGAGGAGCCGUGGCGGCAGCUGCGGGACCUGUUCGACGAGUCCUGGUUCGUGGACUGCCCGCUGGACGUGGCCAUGGACCGCGUGUUCCGCCGCCAGACAGCCAUAGGCCUGAAGCCGGAGGUGUCACGUGUGCGUAUCGCCACCAACGACCGGCCCAACGCCGAGCUGGUGGCGGCCUGCGCCCCCGCCGCCACGCUGCGUGUGCCCAGCACCGUGCCGUUCAGGGGCGGCGGCAGUGGAAGCGGCGGCGAGUGAUAACAGCCGGAGCGGCAGCGGAAGCAGAUAGCAGCGGCAGCGGGAGCGAGUAGCGACCAGUGCCGGCGCGUGGCAGCGGCAGCGUGCACCGGUAGAUCGCAGCGAAUGGGCGGCGGUAGUGAUAAUGGCCCGGGUGAUGUGAUUGUGGUGGUGUGACGGUAAGGUCAUGGCUGGAGCCCACCACGGUAGGUAGGGGCAGCUUGAAAGAGCGGACGUGUGCAAGGCUGUUAGGAGUACAGGUCGGCGGAUCAAAGCCACGCACGGGACGCGAAACGCGGGCAGUCAGAGGCGGGUUAGGUGACAUGCCGCGUCGUGGACUGCAAACUAUUGUAACCAAACAUGGUC